GGCCGGCGAGGUGUGCAAACAAUAAUUCACACCCUUAAAGUAGUUGCUGAUGGUUUAGGGCCCCUCCACAAUCUGUCGGCAAUCAUGCCCGUGGGAGACGAAUCAAGUUCAUCAUUGUAACCACCCACAUGGAUACCAAGGUAGACAAAACUGCCAGCCAACCACGAAAAUGACAUCAACAAACAGUGCCCCUGGUCUAGUCCUACCGCCCACACCUCAACUCCCACUCCCAAAUACAACCGGGUACGUGGACCUACCCACCGGCAACGCUAUCUGGUAUGCCACAUUCGGCCCUAGCCUGGCCGACACUUUGGCGAACCAGAGAAUUCCCAUCAUAUUUCUCCAUGGCGCACUUGCCAACUCGGACUGGUGGGGCCACCAGAUCGACUUUCUCCUCCGCCACUUUGCCGACCACGGCGAGGACGCAACCACGCUCAUCGCCAUCGACCUGCGCUUCCUCGGCCGCUCCACCUAUGGCCUCUAUACCGGCGGCGGCAGCCAAGGAAACGACGAGUACAGCUUCCCCGUGACCUUUGCCCUGAAGACGGCCGACACCAUCGCGGUGCUCGACCACCUCGCCGUUCCGCGCGCCGCCGCCGUCGGCUGGAGCAACGGCGCCACCGUCCUCGUCGACGCCCUGAUCAAGCAGCCGGCGCGGUUCGAGCGCGUCCUGUUGCAUGCGGGCUUCUUUGACGCUGGCAGUUCGCUCUACCACUCUCCGCCGCCGCCGCCGCCUUCGUCGGCGUCGCCAGAGUACGAACCCCGUACCCUGGUCGAGAUGCUCCGCCUGUCCCAGAGGCCCGAACUCGUCCCCGCGGUCAGGGCCGCCUACGGCGCAGAGUACGCCAGGGAGCCGCACUGGGGCCCCGCGGACUUUGCGAGGAUCCCGCCGAGACGUGGAGGAGGUGAUGGUGGUGGUGGCCCGCUGGUGUGGUUCGUCGAGGGUCAGUGGGAGGAGGUAGUCGUCCGCGGGACCGCCGCCGUCAUGGCGAGUUGGCUUCCUGGCAGCGAGGCGGUAGUGUUAUCGGGGGUUAGUCACUAUGCGCAUCUGCAGGAUCCUGAACAAUUCAAUGCCGAGCUUCUACGCUUCUUGCGCGCCUGACCAAGGAAAAUUCUACAUAUACCGAGAGUAUCUGGUAAGUAAAAGGCGUGUGUCAGGAAGGGGGGACUUACUCGAGACGGUAGUUUCUUGAACUUACGGCCCAUACCUUGCCUGUCGUAUUAUGUUCUACCUACGUGAAGGUGUAGGCAUUUUGUUUUCUUUGGUUUUGUUGUGUUGUGACCGCCGUUAGGAAACACAACGUUUUGCCGCGGUAGCUCAAGGAGGCAAGUAAAAAGACAUGGGACGGUUGUAACAGGCCUGACCAAACAAAAACGUAUAUCCCGACGACGCGCAAAACAUAAAACAGAGUCGUUUGGGCAACCCAAGAUAUAGAUCAUGCGAUUUUUUUUUCAUUCUCUUUUCCGUCCCAGAAAAUCCUGCUACCUUCCCAUCAUUCCCAUAGAACUCCAAGAAUACAUAUGGCCAUGCGCCAGCUAUACUUUGCAAAA